AUGUCUAGUGUCACAGUGAAGGCAGCAGCGUGGGUUCAUCCCCCCGGAGCUGACCGUUACAGUGUACACAGACAAGAUGGCAGCUUCUUGGAAGACGAGUUUGAAGAUGCGCCUGAUGUGGAGCCGUUAGAACCGACACUGAAGAACAUCAUCGAGCAGAAAUCUCUGAAGUGGAUAUUUGUGGGUGGAAAAGGUGGUGUUGGCAAAACCACAUGUAGCUGCAGUUUGGCUGUCCAGCUGGCUGCCGUCAGGGAGAGUGUCCUCAUCAUCUCCACUGACCCCGCUCAUAACAUCUCUGAUGCUUUUGACCAGAAGUUCUCAAAGGUGCCUACUAAGGUCAAGGGCUAUGACAACCUCUUUGCAAUGGAGAUCGACCCGAGCCUGGGUGUGGCCGAGCUGCCCGAUGAGUUCUUCGAGGAGGACAACAUGCUCAGUAUGGGUAAGAAGAUGAUGCAGGAGGCCAUGAGCGCCUUCCCUGGCAUUGACGAGGCCAUGAGCUACGCCGAGGUCAUGAGGUUAGUCAAAGGAAUGAACUUCUCAGUGGUGGUCUUUGACACGGCCCCCACUGGUCACACGCUGCGGCUGCUCAACUUCCCCACCAUCGUGGAGCGUGGUCUGGGCCGCCUCAUGCAGAUAAAGAACCAGAUCAGCCCUUUCAUCUCCCAGAUGUGCAACAUGCUCGGUCUGGGCGACAUGAACGCAGACCAGCUGGCUUCUAAGCUCGAGGAGACCCUGCCAGUCAUCCGCUCAGUCAGUGAGCAGUUCAAAGAUCCUGAACAAACCACCUUCAUCUGUGUGUGUAUCGCCGAGUUCCUCUCCCUCUAUGAGACGGAGCGGCUGAUCCAGGAGCUAGCCAAGUGCCGCAUCGACACGCACAACAUCAUCGUCAACCAACUUGUUUUCCCUGACUCAGAGAGGCCGUGCAAAAUGUGUGAAGCCCGCCAUAAAAUUCAGUCCAAGUAUUUAGACCAGAUGGAGGACCUUUACGAAGAUUUCCACAUAGUCAAGCUACCACUGCUGCCCCAUGAAGUUCGAGGUGCCGACAAGGUGAACACGUUCUCUAAGCAACUUCUGGAACCCUACAAACCCCCAAAUAAGUGAUCUCCCACCCCUGCAGGACGUCCCCUCUCCCUCCUACAGACCACACCUUUACAAUCUGAACUCACCUCCUCUGAGCUCCCCCUGAACCAGCCUCAAACCCUGCAGCAACGGCCUCAUGUCGAUCCACCCAGUCCUCAGUCCGUCAUCCAAAGCAGAGCACUGCGACAGCAAGACACGCCCCUGUUGAAGGGGAGCUGAUGAAAUCACACACACACACACAUAAUCUGCUAUAUUGUUAGAGAGGUACAGAUUUCUGCUGCCUCGUUCUAAGUCCAUCUUCUCGUUCCUUCAUAUCCUCUGUGUGACAGUUGUAGUAUUCCUACUCAAAGCAUUUAACUUUUUCUCUACAAGAAACACCCCCCCCCCCCUUUCCUCCUCGUCCUCCUCCUCCUCCUCCUCCUCCUCCAUCCUGUGCAGUGUCCAGCCUCAGAUGUAAAAACCAGUGAUCCCAGUAAAGGUGCUGUGUAUUCCAGGAUAAAACAGCUUUCAGACGGUUGAUGUUUAUGCCUUGUUUAUUCUGUGUGGUUUGGUGGCUGUGUCUCUUCUCCAGUUUGACUAAAACUUCAUGCAAAUUCAUCCCUAACACAUCUGGAAACAUCAAAAUGUCUACAGAUUCAGGGCGUUAUGGCAGGGCAAUAAAAAAUAAUACUUAGAAACAAAAACAAAUGGCCUGUGGUCUUAGUAGUUUUUGUUCUUGGCCAAGACCAUCCUUGUUACUGCAAUAAAGACAACCAGAGCAGUCAGUCUUUUAUCGUCUGUCAAAUCAUUAGGCCUCACUUUACCACGCAGUAAGCUAAUGUCAAUGAGAUUUUGAUUCAAGUGAAGUUUAUGACUUUGUCUUUGUUUGAACUGGACAGUCUUAAUGGCCUCUGUUUAAUAUUUUAGGCCACUGUUUUUGCUUCAGCCGGUACAUGAUUGGAGACAGAACAGUUUUAUGAGAUUAACAAGAAAAAUGUGUGUUAAGAGUCGAUGCUUGAGAAGCUGGAAGCUAGAAGUCGCAUCUGAAAUCCCAGCACGAGGUUCCCAUGCAGUGCUCAAAAAAACCCAACUCAUCAAACACCGUCAAACUUUUUUUGCCCAUCCUGUUUACUGAGAACUCUAUGGGAACACUAUUGAAAUACAUUAGUAGCCUUAUUUAGUGCAUUGUUCAUAAAAUAUAUUGAAUGUUGCUUGAUCAAAUGUGGAACAAAUGAAUGGCGAGUUGUAUAUCUUACGUUUGCCCCAGUGAGCAAAUACUGGACUUUGAUUAUCUCGCCUGAUGAGCAGGAAGAUACAGAUGACAGGUUAAUACACCGUCAAGGAGAAGCAUAAUCAUCCCCUUUCUUUCUGUCGCUGAAUGCUUUUGAGUCAAUAAUCUGUUUUCUAUAGAUUUUCUUUAAAUUAUGUUGCGAGUGUUAAUUAAAACAAACUUGCCUCAGAA